AUGGACAACUUCACUUCCUCGUGUUUUACCAACGCCAUAGGCUACCCAGGCUCCUUCGCAAGGUACAGGAUGAUGGAGGAGGAAGACGAUGAUACUCAUUUCUUGGUUGAUGAUGAUGAAGCGGAGGCCGCGACAUACAACCACCUAGUGCAAGCAGAGAGCUCUAGCACGCGUCGUCGGUUUGAUGCGCCACGAAAGGUCAUUCGGCUGAGGGACCUUCGUUCUGGUGACAAGAGCAUCAAAGCCGACUACUUUGCUCCAAACCCUGUUUACAGUGAUAAGCAGUUCCGUAGAAGGUUUCGGAUGCGUCGGCAUUUAUUCAAGCACAUUAAAGAGGCUGUUAAAAAUCAAGAUAACUACUUCAAAAAGAAGUAUGAUGCCACUGGCAAGGAAGGACUAUCGGCUCUUCAGAAGUGCGUCGCCGCUAUGCGCAUUCUCGCUUAUGGUGUCCCAGCGGAUGCCAUUGACGAGUGCGUGCGUAUUGGUGAGUCAACUGCUCGAAAAGCUUUGCAUCAUUUCUGUCGGGCUAUCAUUGAUGUUUUUGGCGAGUAUUACCUACGGGCACCCAAUGCUGCCGAUGUAGCUAGGCUUCUUCAAGAGGGUGAGGAUCGUGGGUUCCCAGGGAUGCUAGGUAGCAUUGACUGCAUGUACUGGGAGUGGAGGAACUGCCCCACAUCAUGGAAGGGUCAGUUCACGGGUAGAGGGAAGCAUCCCUCUAUGAUCUUAGAGGCGGUUGCAUCGCAUGAUCUAUGGAUAUGGCAUGCUUACUUCGGCAUGCCUCGAAGUAACAAUGACAUUAACGUGCCUCAUAGAUCCCUAAUAUUCUCUGCUUACCUCAGGGGUCAUUCAACCCCUGUGUCGUUUGCGGUCAAUGGAAGGACCUAUAACAUGGGGUACUACCUCGCCGAUGGGAUUUACCCCGAGUGGGCAGCCUUUGUUAAGACUAUUCAUUACCCCAUGGAGCAAAAGACCCAGCACUUUGCCACUGCACAGGAAAGUGCACGCAAGGAUAUAGAGCGUGCAUUUGGUGUCCUGCAAACUCGGUUUGCGGUGAUCCGAGGACCCGCGUAUGGUUGGGACCGUAACCAGAUUAAUGAUAUAAUGGUGACUUGCAUUAUUUUGCAUAACAUGAUAGUGGAGGAUGAACAAGACAAUGCUCGUGAUACUGAUUUCUUGAACAUUGGAGAACUAGCAGUUCGGUACUGCAACAAUCCGGACAGGGAGGCAUUUGUUGCUGCACACCAUAGGCUUCAUGAUCAAAACACGCACUUUCAGCUACAAUAUGAUCUCAUCGAGCACCAGUGGAUGAGGUUGGGAUAUCAUCAUCAGUAG